AUGGAUCCAUACUACACUGCACCUUCAAUACCUCUUCAAAGGCGAUUAACCAAAAUUUAUACUGACACCAAGAAUAUUUACGACUUCAUCAAAGAACCUGUGAGAAAUGUCGAAGAUCAUGAACUUCAAUUAUUACAUCGCAAGUUACGCAUCCAACAAAGUCGUUUGGUAUCAUGGGGGUUGGAAUGGUCGGAUCCUUCACAAUCACCUGAUAUCGAUGAAUCAGUAUCAAAGGCAGGAUUAUCGGAAAUCGUCGGAAAUGUCAUGUCAACAAUUAAGGAGAUUUUAGCUGAGGCUGAACCAUUAUGGCAAUCUUCCAAAAGGUUGACAUCAGACGAAAGACCAUCAGAAAAAUCGGAAAAGAGUGCUUUGAUUCAAUGGGAUAAAACGAGGUUUGAGGAUUUGAUUCGAGAUUUAACCAUGUCUAUUGAUACUCUUUAUGAUUUAUCAAAGACAAGACAGUCAGCAAGGAGUGGUCUCGGUCUACAGACUUCGGAAGUUUCAAGCUCAAAAGAUCAAUCUUCGAGUUUUGAGGAAAGACAAUUUGAAUCGACAAGAAUGUCUGCACCACAACAAAUUGAUCCAGCAACUCUAAUCUGGACGGGGAAUCAGAUAAUUGCUACACGUGGUACAUCGAGGUCAACGUCGAACAAUACGUUGAGACAGAUAGUCUUGAUGAGAAGGUCUGUUAAUUCUUCGGAUUUAAGAAAAGCCAUCGGUCAACCUCCUGACCCGAUACCUGUUCUUGUCGAAUAUGCUCCUUACGAUCCUAUAUAUUCCGUUACCGGAAUCACUCCAUCCAUGACUCGAUUCGAAAAACUCUUUGCUGGACUUUCACAGGCAUAUUACUCUUCUGACAGAUUACUUGUUGGAUUACUUCGUCUCAUUGGAUAUUAUGAAGAUGCCGAGCAUUCGAGAUUUUGUCUAUUGUUUGCCUUGCCAACGAAUUUUGGACCCAUGGACAUUCAAAGUCCCACCCUACAAAUGCCCACGAUAAACUCAUUGUCGGAGCUUCUAAUAAGUCCAGCAUUCGAACCAAGUUUGGAGGUCAAGUACAGAUUAGCCUACAAUAUAGCUAAUGCCGUCUUUGAUUUACACUCCAAAGGAAUAGUUCAUGGCAACUUACUUCCUUCCAAUAUCCUUUUCAUUGAACAUCCUACAUCACCACGGGCCUUUGAUUUAACACAGAUUAAUAUGCGACAGUCGUAUCUUGGUUCUUAUGAUUUGUUUUCUGAUACUGCUACAGAUUUGGGUCCAAGUUUGGAUCAAGCUACCAUGUUGUAUAAGCAUCCACUCGACCCGAGGAGUACCAGAUAUACUAAUCUAUCCCAAGAAAGCAAAUCUUUGGAUUUGUACAGUCUUGCCAUGAUUCUUCUUGAGAUUGGUCUCUGGAGUUCUUUAUCGGAACUUUUCCCAAGAGCAUCUCAAGUGCCUUCAAACCCUACAGAUGUUCUCAAGCAUCUUGCAUCUCGAUGUGGAAAUAUUUAUGUCAAAGCGGUGAAAGCAUGUUUAAGUGCACCCGAAGGAGAACUUUCACGAAAAGCAAGACCAGAUGUUAUGCAUCAAAAAGUCUUCUGGCGUGUAUCAAAAGCACUUAAUACUUGUUGUUCACUCGAUGAUGUUUCGGAUGAUGAUAGUGAAAGAAGUGAUGAGCCAUCACUGGUACCCACACCUUUGAAGAUUGAAGCCCCAUCUUCAUCUACCAAAGGAUAUCGUGAUCGAAGGGAUGCAAAGAUUGAUUUUAGUGCUCCACAAGAACCAGAAAUCAAUUGGGGUGAGAAACCUAUACGUGUAAAGACCCCACAAAAGGCUACUGCUGAAUGGACAGAGAAGAAGUCCUCUGCAAUCGAACCUAUAAAAUCAAAACCUAAGCUCAAGACAUUCCCGGCUAUUCGCAUUAGUCAAGAACAUAUCAAUUUUUGGCAUACUAAUAUUAUGCCACAUGUCAACCACGUCCUUCGAAGUUUUUACAAGAAAUAUCCCGAGUCGGUCGAAAUUUCCCUCGAAUCAGUUGGUGAAUCAUCUACCAAAACGAAACCUACCAUUCUCGUCAUUUGUACAAGUGUCAGUAAAGUUAGAAGCAUAUUGAAGAAGAGUCUUGUUUAUGAUAAAGCUACAUAUGGAUUAAAAGUAUGUCGUGGAAAGGUUGUAAGAGCAAGAAAUAAUGGGGUCAAAAGGAGUAUGGCGCAUGGUGAUGAACUUGUAGCGAAGAAUACUCAACAUCAAGAACGUCCCAAGAAUGGUGCUAGUAUGGGAGCAUAUAUAAAUGAUCAUCAUCUUCCGCCAGUAUCAUUUGGAGGACUCGUCACGAUUGAUGACAAACCGUAUGGAAUGUCUGUUCAUCAUAUGUUAGACGACCCUUCCGAUGAUGACGAAGAUGAGCCACUUCAACCAACAAAACCAAUUCUUCGAUCAUCAGCACGUCCUCAAGCACUUCCUCAAUACCUUGAAAUGCCAGACCUAACGCAUUCAGAGACCUCCUACUACUCUAGUGGUGACGAAGAAUAUAAUUAUAGCUUCACAGAUUAUUCAUCUUCAGGUUCAUCAUUUGAUUCCGAUUCCUCACCUUAUGCAUCAGAAGAUGAAGAUGAUUCUGAUGCCGAAUUUCCAACUUUAGAACCAGGAGAUAUUCCUGCUAUUCCAGUUUCUUCGUCGAAUGUUCACAAUUAUCCAAUCACCCAACCAGCUAUCGAUGACAUCGAUCCAGAUUUCUAUCCUGAUCCAGAAACUAGAGAUGAGGAUCAUUUAGAUUCAUGUUUACUAGGAAAUGUCUAUGCAAGUUCAGGAAUUAGACGAUUGACUCAUGAUGAUAUCACUCAUGAGAUUGAUUGGUGUCUUUUUGAGUUUGAAGAACAUCGUCUACCUGAUUUUACUUCCUCAAUAUCUUUGACAACACAACCAACAGGCGUAGUUCCAUUAACGGAACUUCCAGAUUUACCUGUUAAAUGUACAGCUAGAACUAGUGGUACACAAACUGGACGAAUUCUUCCUUCUAUGUCCAUUCUUAAAAUUUAUGGGCGGAAAACUCCAUCUAUGAGUUGGCAAGUCGCAGGUAAAAUAGGUGUUCCAGGUGAUAGUGGUGCAUGGGUUCUCGAACGAGGUGAUGAUAUUAGUGUGGGCCCUGGGAAUAAUAGUGGUAGAGUUGCAGGUAGUGUACUUGCGUGGAGUCAACGAAAAAGUGUUGGAUAUAUAUGUCCACUGUGGAUUAGCGUCCUUGAUAUGGCAAAUUCGUUGAAGUGUGAGAGAAUUGGAUUACCAAAUGUUGAAAAACCUAUAUGGACUAAGGUUUCAACGAGAAGAGAGAAAGAUAUUCCGCGUCUUGCCAAGAAAACUUCAAGACCGAUGAGUGAGAGGAAUAUCCAUGAAUGGGAUAGUGAAGAUGAGGGGCAUAGUUUGAGGGCAAAUAGACCUCAAAGUGGAAGUUACCCUAUGGUUAUCGAUGAUGAUUUAGCGGAUGAUGAGGAUGAAUUAUCAGGUGUGUUAGGAAAUAUAAAACAUGUGGAAACGGAUCAUGAAGAAGAACCAAUGGAUAGCGAAGAAGGAUAUGAAGAUGACGAAUCCUAUGACGAAGAAGAAGAGAGGGAAUAUUGGAGACGAUUCAAAGCCGCGAGUAAGAAGAACCGGAAUUAUUAG